AUGUUUGAAAAAUACGUUCACAAUCAAGUUUUAUUCGCUUUAUUCAUGAUCCAAUUACUAGCAGCAGAGCUUAGCAGUUUUGAUAAUUUUCAACGUAGUGAUGUUCCAGCUAUUGAGCAACGCUCUAUAAGCUUGGAUAAUCCUAGUUUAGCAAGGUUUGGUAGAAAAGAAACAGGAAUGAUGAUUCAGGCUGCGCUUCGAAAUAAUGGAAGAAGCCCAUUUGGAGCUUUAAUUUCUCGAAAUUAUGCUAACUUAAAUAAUAUGCAACGUUUACAACAACGAAUAUCCGAUGAACAGAGACUGAAGAACGUAUUACUACGAGCUUCUGGAAGGAAUGGUGUUGAUUCAUCUAUGUCUUUCAAAACAUCUAUGAUAAGGCCCUUACUUUCUCGUCUGCAAAAUCUUGGAAAAUUUCCAGCAACUACUGAAAAUAGAAAUACAGGCAUUUUUGGCAAAACAACAAACGAAGCUCUCAGUCAGCAACUCUCAUUAAAACAGAUUUUGGAACAAGAAAAGAUCAUUCUGGAAUUACUCGAACGUGAUUCUCAACGUAAACAAUUGCUAAGGAGUAAUCGACUUGAUCUAAAAGAUUUGCAAGAAAAACAGCAGCGUAUCUUAAAUUUACUUAUUCAGCAGCAACAAAAUAAUGAUGAUCAACUAGACUCUUCCAUUGGCACUUCUGGCAAAGGCUUUUAUAACCCUGAUGAGACACCAACAGCAGAUCAGUUCAUUUUAAGUUCAGCAGAAGAUUUCGGAUCUAAGAAACCGUUCCAAGGGGGAAAAAUCCAGAAUCCAAUAUCAGAUCAACCUUCUGGAAGAGUUUCUCCAAGAGAAGACCAGCUGCAGCUCUUGCAAAUUUCUCCAUACAUACUUGGGAAAAAUUUGUUGAAUAAUGUUGGCUCAACUUUUCAAGUUCUUAAAGUUCCUGGCAAUGUAAUUAAAUCGUUAGAGGAUAAAGAUGCCUUGAUGCUAAUCCAACAGAAUGGACAACAGACAGCUGAGAUUUACGGAAAUGAGGAAAAUGAUUAA